AUGGGCCAAACAGUCGCUUCUGGACUCAUCGGCACAGUAACAGUCAGUGACCAAUUCAAAGAGUCUCGUUUCACUGUCACAAAAGAGGAUGCUCAGUAUUCUCUCAUCAUCAGAAAUGUAAGCAAAGAGGAUGAAGCAACAUAUUUCUGUCAGAAAGGAACAUCAUUUUCACCGACUUUCGUCAAUGGCACAUUCUUGAUUGUGAACGACAACAAUCAGCAGAAAUCAGUCUAUGUGAAACAAAGUCCGGAGACAGCAUCAGUCCAGCUGGGAGACGCACUGACUCUCCAAUGUUCACUGCUCUCCAAGAACACAACAGAAAACACAGAUCAGUGUCCAGGUGUACACAGUGUGUACUGGUUCAGAGCUGGAUCAGGAGGAUUUCAUCCAGGCAUCAUUUACACUCACAGGAACAGGAGUGAUAAACCUGUGGAGAGGGGCUGUGUCUACAGUCUGUCCAAAACUAUACAGGACUCCUCUGAUACUGGGACUUACUACUGUGCUGUGGUCACAUGUGGAGAGAUCCUGUUUGGUGAAGGAACUAAAGUGGAUACAAGAUCAGAGUUGGAUCCAGUUGUUCUUGUACUUGGAGCACUGUUGGCCUGCUGUGUGACUGUGAUUGCCGUCCUUAUUUUCUACGUUAAUGGGAGGAGAGUUUGUGAACAUUGCAACGGAGCAGCAGGAGCCUCUCAUAAUCUUGAAACAUCAACGGUGGAUCAAUCAAACAACCUGGAUGGUGAAGCAAAGGAAGUGAACUAUGCAGCGCUGGAUUUACCCACAAUUAAAGUGAAAAGAGGAAAUAAAAUGAGGAGGGAGAACACACAGUGUGUUUACUCUAUUGUUAGAUCAGAUUACCACAACCAGCAACACCCCUCUCUAUAG